CGAACUCACAGAGAUUCGCAUGCCUCUGCCUCCAGAGUGCUGGGAUUAAAGGCGUGCACCACCAACGGCCAGCUUGUCUGGCCUUUUCAAUAGCCUGUGUAUAGUAGCUACCAGUACAGUCCCUCUGCCUCCCCUAAGCCUCAUCCCAGCUUGCCACAACAGUGUUCCUUUAGGGACAAAGACAUGGAGGCUACACAGUUGUCUUCAUUAGUAGGGAGCAUCUUAUGCCCCCUCCCUAUCUGACUGAAUGCCUCCCUCCACAGUUCAGAAAGGUAAAGACAUGGGGAGAAGCCACAGAACCCAGCACCACACACAUCCCAGUUACCUGCCUACCUGGAAGACCUCCUUAAGGUUACCGGGGUCUCACUGCUCUCCAGGGAUCUUUUGCUUAUAUCUCCUGCCCCACUCCAGGCUCUGGUAAUCACUCCCCACCUCCUUAUUUUAAUUCUAUUGUUUUGUUAUGCAUGGCAGAAAAAUUUUGAAAUCGGAACCAUCUUCUCUGUUACCAUUCUGGACCUCAUUGGUAUUUUGGGAUUGGCAGGCUACCCCAAGAAGCAGAUCCUGUGUACACAGGAAGUCAGAGGGACCCAGUGUGUGCCACUGUCUACCAAACAGCACUCACCCCUUGCCCAGCUUCCCCCAGGCCCUCCUAGCUUGGAGCUGCAGGCCAUACCAGGGCCCACGCCCUGACUGGGCACACAGGCUUGCCAUUGUCUGACCGUGCCAGGCACCCACGUGAAGAAUGCAAGGCAGCAGGCUGCGGGUUUGUCCCUGCAGUGGGGGCUGAGCCUGUGGGGGAGGAAGCUGGCCAUUUGCAGCUCUGGAAAGGCAGUGGGGUGCAGGGGAUGCAGGGAGGAGGCGGUGGGGAGGCUGGCUGAAGUGGGAGCAGGGGUGUGACAUUUUUCCUGCACCCAUGCCAAGCCUGUGGGGCUGAAAUGAACGUGAGAAGAUUGCUAAUGAGACCCAGGGGAGUUAAACAUUCCCUGUUCCUGAGGGCUGAGUGAGAAGGGGCAGACAGGGGUCUAGGAGGGGGCAACCUGAACCCAGGAAUGUGCAGAGGCCACUGCCCCUGCCAGGCUGUUCUGGAGCUAGGGGCCCCGGCUGCUGUCUCAGGUCUCAGCAGGAGCUGCUGAGGCAGCCAGCAAAGGGAUUAACUGGCUGAGCAGUUCUCCUUCCUCCAGGCCCAUGUCAGGUCUCCCCGGCUUCCCACCACAUCUGAGGUUGGCCUGCCUGCAGCCACUGCUGGCCCAGUAACUGUGGGGUUCCUCUUUUGAUUCCUCAGAUCCCAAACAGACGCUACAGCAUGUGUCCCCUGGUUUUAGACCAAACACAUGGCUUCCAGGUACCCAGGACUCUUCUCCCCAACACCUCAGCUCUCGCCUAGUCUCUGCCUCAGAGCCCCUACCAAAAACUAACUCUAGGGGUAUAGCUCAGUGGUAGAGUGCUUGCCUCACAUGUGCAAGGCCUGGUUUCCAUACCCAGCACAUGCAGGCACACACACACGCACACACACACACACACACACACACACACACACAGGCACACACACACAUACACACGCAGGCGCACGCGCCUCUAUUUUUUCCUACUGUAACUAGAAUCUCUUUCCUUUUCCCCCUUUCCAUCCUCAAGCGAGUGGCAAGAAACCCCAGGUUCAUGUCAGGGAUGAAAGCCCAGCAACUAUCCAUUGAGCUGGAGCCUGCAGUAGGGAUUAGAAGAAGUCUCACUGGAAUCACACUCCUGAAGGGGUUUCCCUGGUUGGAAAGGACUUGAGAGGGAAGAGUCAACUCCUCUGAGCCCCUCCCUUCCUUGUUCUUAAGGCAGGGAGGGCUAGGUACCCCCACCUUGUGCUCUAGGUCCCCGCCCUCCAUCCCCAAGAAGCUGGGCAAGAGCUCAGCCAGGGACUGGCUGUGGGCGGGUUUUGGCCCUUUCCAGCCCCUGGGCCGCCCCCCUGCAUUCUGGAAUCCAGCAGCCACUGCCUUUGCUGACCUGACUCUGUGGCUGGCCAGCCAGCCAUCCCCUCUCCUACCCUCCUCUUGUGCAACUUAGCUCCCCUGUUCCAGCUGUUCCUCUGACCAUGACCACAGCGCUCCCCAAGACCCCGGCCCAUCUCUGAGCCCUGGAACACUCAGACUCCUCCCUAGGCCAUGGCCAACUCAGGCCUCCAGCUCCUGGGUUACUUCCUAGCCCUGGGUGGCUGGAUAGGCAUCAUCGCCAGCACUGCCCUGCCACAGUGGAAGCAGUCCUCCUAUGCAGGCGAUGCCAUCAUCACUGCCGUGGGCCUCUACGAAGGGCUGUGGAUGUCUUGCGCCUCUCAGAGCACCGGGCAGGUCCAAUGCAAGCUCUAUGAUUCGCUUCUGGCCUUGGACGGCCAUAUCCAGGCAGCGAGAGCCCUGAUGGUAACGGCAGUGCUCCUGGGCUUUCUGGCCAUGGUGCUCAGUGUCGUGGGCAUGAAGUGUACUCGGGUCGGAGACAGUAACCCCAUCGCUAAGGGCCGUGUGGCCAUCUCUGGGGGUGCCCUCUUCCUCUUGGCGGGUCUCUGUACAUUGACUGCUGUCUCAUGGUAUGCUACCCUGGUGACCCAGGAAUUCUUCAACCCCAGCACACCUGUCAAUGCCAGGUAUGAAUUUGGCCCAGCUCUGUUCGUCGGCUGGGCCUCUGCUGGCCUGGCCAUGCUGGGGGGCUCCUUUCUUUGCUGCACAUGCCCAGAGCCUGAGAGAGCCAACAGCAUCCCACAGCCCUACCGCUCCGGACCCUCAACGGCUGCCCGAGAACCUGUUGUUAAAAUGCCCGCCUCCAUCAAGGGCCCCCUGGGUGUGUAAAGUCCGGGUUCCCAGCCAGGCCCUCCCCACUACCACAUCUAGACUGUGUGUUUGGUAUCUUUUGGAAAGAAAAGUGAACAUUCAGUCCCAAGUGUGAUGUCAUCCUAUCUGUUCCCACGAGCCUAGGGUGGGGCCUGGACUAGAGAGGUCGGAGCCAACUCCUAGUGCUAUUGAGGUGGAUUCCAGAACACAGUCAGAGCAAGCAGGAAGCACUUAGGCGUCCUGCUCUGUGUCUCUGCCUGCCUUGCCUUGGAGUUUGGUACCAGGGUCCGCAGGAGGGGAAACCACAGCUUCUCCUAGAGGCCACCUAAAGCCUGGCCUAGUAAGGGUGAGGGAUACCCUGGCAUGGAGACCCUCCCAUAGGUAGAAUGUUCUAGACCCCCCUUGGGAGCCCUCUUGAGGAAAAAGACAGUCUCUGUAAGGCCCAACUAGGGACUGGGUCACAGCCAAGUGAGGGGACACUAUAGGAGCUCCCUCAUUGAAGAAGGGGAUGGAGAGGGACAUCACAUCAGGACUGUCCUGUGCCAACUCCAAAGCCCUCAGCUCUCACCCUAAUCCUACAGUGACUGUCACAGCUUCUUUGUCCUGAAGUGCAACCAGGGGACAGGGCUUUGGGUCCUGAAGCCCGGGUAUGACCUUCUAGAAAAGGUAAAGUCCAGCAGUGUCUUUCACCCUCAGUGCCCCCAACCAGAGUGUGCCGGUCCCUGCCUUCCCUCUCAGGCUUCUGCCACUCAACUCUCUCCCUGGACUCCAGUCUGUCCCUUCCUGGGAAGAGGCGUCCACCAUUAGCCUUCUGCUGCUUCCCGCAGCUUCCUAGCUAGCCAGCUAGCACCGGCUUCUUCCACUUCUAGUCCGUGACCAUAUCUCCUCAGAGCCUUGCUCAGCUUCUUGUUCAAGACUGACUGCAACCUUGAGGUGAAGAGACCAAAACACUACAUCGGACAGAGUGGGAGGAGGGAAGCAGGUGCUGUGGUCAGAUAAUGACGUCAUACCCCCCAAACUGCUGAUCAAUUAAUCUUCUGAUUGAUGGUAACCAUCAGCCCCCAUGGCUGCCUCUGAUCCUAAACAAGUUUCCCCAGUGAGGCCCCUUGGGCUGUGAGGUCCACAAGAGAGUCCUCUCUGGGUACCUGAAGCCAUCAGGUGGCUCCUGGCCUUCAGUGCACAUUGGAGUCACUUAGAAGUGGAUGCCAAGUCUCCACCCAGACAAGCGUUGACGUGGUAGACCCUGGCACCAGAAUCCAUGCAGUUCCUUUGCAGUGUGUAGUUCACACUAGGGGUACCUCCUUGAGGCCUACACUCAGACCCUCUGAGUGAUCUGGAGAAGGCGGAAGGAGCCUACCAGAAGACCGUGGGGGAGAGGCAAGACUAGGAAGGAAAUCUCAUCCACCUCCUGCCUUUCCGGAGUCCAGACCCCUGGAGGAGACGCCCACAUCCUUCCCAUCAAUGUUCCUUUGUGCUUAAUGAUUUUGACUUUGAAUCCUGUCACAUGCAACCCGACUAACACAGAGUUUGAAAUCUAUGAACCAAGUGCGACACAGAUGUCCCCUCCCCAGGUCUGGUAUUCAGCAGCCCUUGGUGUUUUGUUGUGACGUUGUCAGGAAGCUUUGUGUCCCCUUUUAAGAGUCUAAGGGCUAAGAGGCUCAAGACCUGGUGGGGGAAUGUGAAGGCAGACUGUGCAGGCUACAAGUGGGAGUUGUCGUCGGGGCAGGCUGUGAGAGAAGAGAGCUCCGUGCAAGGACGGGACCUGGCAGUGGAGUGGCAUUACCUGUCCCUCCAUUAAAGGAAGCCAUUCUGCCAGACUGGGGCCUGCAAGGGCAGAGGGUCACACACCUUAAUGAGUUACGCAAACAGUUUAUACACCGAUUGAAACCGUGAGGUACUGGGGGUGGGCAGGAAGUGUGUGGGAGAAACGGAAGGAGUUUAAAGCUAAAAGUUUAGGGAAUGAGAUCGCCCAGGCAUCCCCUGAAGCGACCCCAUUCAAAUGUCUACACUAAGGCCAGAGGCUUUGUGUCCAGUCUGCUGUUUACUGUUCUGAUCUCCAGGCUGAUGGAUCCGGCAGAGAUUGGGGAAGAAGAACUCGGAUACAAAAGGGGUGGUUCAAAGCUGCUGCCAUGUGUGUUAGUAAACAGAGUCCGAGAAGUUAAAUUGGCAAGUUAUACAUUUAAGGGCCAUACCUAUGCAUUUGGUUCCUGAAGUUCCAGAUCCUGGGAGAACAGAUCAGGAAAUUAUAGGCUGAGAAGUCUGACAGAUGGCUACGAGACAAUUUCAAAACAUUAUUUUUUUGCCACACAGUACUAUCCCUUUGUGUGACAAUGACACUGAGGAUUUUUUUUCCUUAUCUGGUAGAGCUAAAACUGAAACAAUGGCUGGAUCUGCUUUAACGUCUCUUAGAACAAGUUCAACGGCAAGGAAAGCUAUGGCAUUGGGAAGUGCCAUCCCCUGACAGGGUCCACUCUACCCCUCUCUUUGUAUGUUUGCUAAUGAAACCAAAUAAGAAAUAAAAAGUUUGAAAAGAC